AUGUACCAGCCCUACGCAGUCAACGAGGCGCCGCGGGAACGGCCAAAGAUUCUCUGUCUGCACGGAGGCGGCUCCUCAGCAGGCAUCUUCCAGAUCCAACUCAUUAGGCUAUCGCGUGUCCUCGAACCGCGCUUCGAAUUCGUCUACCUCGACGGGCCGAUCGAGACGGAGGCCGGGCCGGGCGUGCUCCCCGUAUUCGAAGGGUGCGGGCCGUACCGACGAUGGGUCAGCGACGAUCCCUCCAUCCCCGCCGAGGAGUUCCAGCAGCAAAAGGACACGGCGAUGGAGAUGCUCAAGGUGUACGUGCAGCAGACGGGGCCCUACGUCGGCGUGCUGGGGUUUUCGCAGGGUGCGCGGGCGGCCUCGAGUCUGUUGAUUGAGCAGCAGCGGCAGCCGUUUGUGCCGUACAACUUCUUUGGGGUGUUUCUGUGUGGGACAUAUCCUCCUUUUGUGCCCGACGACGUGCUGAUUCGGUUGCCGACUGUUCAUGUGGUGGGCUUGUUUGAUCCGUGGAAGCCGGCGAGCGAGAUGUUGAUUGAGCAGUGUUCUGAGCGGAGUACGCGCAAGGUUGUGAGGUAUCCGGGGGGGCAUCAUUUGCCGAAUGCGCCGGAGGCUAUUCAGAAUAUCGCGAACAUGGUGAUUGAUUUGUGGAAGGAGACGACAGGGGCGACGGCGUGA